GCUCAACUUCCUCCGAGAGACUUGCGGACAUGCAUUCAGCAGUGGUUUCUCUCGCCAUCACCGUCACGCUCUCCGUUCUCUUCUCUGUGUGCGCCGCGAUCCCCGUGCUGGAGGUGCAGUACCUAACAUUCGUCCUGCAGAUGGUCAACCGCGCGUUCCUAUACGGCGGUUUCUCCGCAUUCAUUGUUAUGGCGUUCCCUCUGUGUCAUUUUGGGAAGCUAUUUGGGACAAUCCAGACUCUGGCGGCCAUCGUUUCUGUGCUUCAGAAUCCGUGCUUCAUCCUCGUAAAUGGACCCUUGCAGGGCAACCCACUGUACUUGAACAUCGCAUUUAUCGCCAUUGUAAUUUGGACGUUCGCUAAUCCAAUCAACGUCUAUUUCUACUGCCGUCGGGAGAAGGCCAAGAGGACGGACAAAGCCACAGCAGGUCGAAAUGCCGAAGGGGAACUUUCAAUGUAAUGCCAAAUAUUUCACCUGGACCGGUC